CCGAAACUGAAUCAGUUGUGCUGUUUCAUUUAGCAGUUCGUACGAAACUUAGACCAUUUUAUGUAUAUGUAUAUAUAUAUAUAUACCUAAUGAUUAUAAAUUAUUGUUUGUUAUAAUUUAUAUUAUAUAGUGUCUAGAAGGCAUUUGAUCUUUAGGUUAAAGACAUUCAGAGAACCCUGCAUGAAGAAACAAAACAGCAUUAUUGGCAACAUGGCAGCAGGUAAUCACUAUGAGUGGCAGUUGUAUGUUGGACAGCGGUGGUCUUCUAUCUGUAAUGAUAUUGUCAUUGAAACCCAUUACUGUCAGCCAGGGGCUACUGGAAUCACCAUCUACACCAGCAUGGGGUCUCUCUAUAUUGACUUUGAUGCUAUGACAAUCAAUGGACCUUAUAAUAACCUCAGUAUACGACGCAACACAUUUCUGAACUACAAUCAGAAGCAAGAAGUAGGCUGGUACUACAAAGACAACCGUCACUGGUUCGAAUAUGGAUCCCAGGGAUCAGGUGGGAACACAUCCUCAAUUGGAAGUGAUUAUAUAGAGCAACAAUACAACAACAACCCAACAGGUUCAGUCCAGUUUACUGCAGGAAACAUGACUUACAUGGUGGACUUCACUGCCAUGACUCAAACCAAUCUGUCCACACACAUGACGAGAAAAGUGAGACGGCGACCAAAAUUAAAUUCAAUAGUAUCAGACAACAACAGUUCGCCAAUGCUGGAAUCUCCCACUACAAAUUCAACAGAUUCAUCGACUGAAUUCAUCUGGGAGUUUAAUGGUGAUAAAGGCAUUUGGACUGAGUACCAGAAACCAGGAUGUUCUUUGGAUAGUGCAGAAAUCGAGAGAUUGUAUCAGCUAAACCCUGAAUGCCAGGUUUCAUUCACAGCUGGACGAUACACUUACACUCUUUACUUUGGUGGGAUGUAUCAAGUAAAUAAUAAGUUUGGUACAAAAAGACAAGUGAGAAGAAUAGACAGCGGAGUCCAGCAAACCAACAGUGCAUUUUCACAAGCUCGCUGGCAGUUCCAAGACGUGGACGGCAACUGGAAGGACUACUCUAAAGGUGGUUCCCGGGGUCAUUGCAGUGUGUCAAGUCAAGAUAUUGAGGCUCAGUAUCAACAGGACUCUGCUGGGACAGUAAAAUUCUGGACAGGCAGGUUCCACUAUGAGCUGGACUUCUCAGACAUGUCCCAGACAAACCUAUCUAACCACACUAGGAGACGUGUGCGCCGCCUUCAACAAUAAAAUCUCACCUGCCUAUUCUUAUGUUUACUUGUAUAUUUAUGUGCAUGUUCUCAGGAUGCCAGUUAAAUGGAUAGUUCACCCAAACAUCAUUUACACACCUUCAUGUCACUCUAAACCCAUAUGUCAAACACAAAAAGAGAAAUUUGAAUUACUGUUGUCUAUGCUCUUUUCCUUGCACUGAAUGGGGACAGAAGCUUUCAGGCUUCAAAAAGAAUGCAUAAGUACCAUGAAAGUAUCACAAAAGUGCACUAAUCCAGGUCAUCUAAACUUAUACAAUAGCUUUGUUUGAGGAACACACCAGAAUUUAAGUGAUUAUUCACUAAAAAUCUUGAUUUUGGCUCUAGCUCUAGAGAAAAGUAGUGAUGUCUGAUUCGUGAAUGAAUCAUUCUUUCGACUUGGGUCUUUUCAAUGAAUCAGUUGAAACCAAUCUCAUAAAUUUCACUGUGUUUCUCACACAAAGCUAUCGUAUAGCUUCAGAAGACUUGGAAUGCAGUGCAAAUGGGCAACUUUUAUGAUAUAACAUGUUUGGAGCGACAUGAGGGUGUGUAAAUGAUGACAGAAUUUUCAUUUUUGGAUGAACGAACCCUUUAACUUCAGAAUGUCUAAUGCCCAUUCUUAACUUUAAUAGCCACUGCCUGUAUAUGCUAAUCAAAUUAUGUUUUGCUUUAUUUGUCCAGACUAACUUAUAGAUAGUGUAUGUGCAUAGAAUUGUUUAACUGCCAUUAUAUGUGAUAGUGGCUUUCACCAUUUUUCUGAAGCCAAUGGCACAAUGUUUUUUUCGGUUAUGGGAUUAAUUAUGCAAAAUAUACUGUAUAUAGAACAGGUAAAGGGACAUGUUUUUUAUUUGCAGUGCUAGUAAACCAUGGUGUGGUUCUGUUUUUAACCUUGUGCGACCCCACGUACACAUGCGUGGACAUUGCAUUUUGGCUUUGCUAUAGGCAAUACAUAAUUUAAAUUCAUUUAAACCAACUCAUCUCAGUUCAGGAGAUUCUAUGCUGUCAGUAAAGGGUUAAACUUUGGGAAAAACGGCAACAAAACUACACCUGGUAAGAAACCUAAUUAAGUUUUUACAUUGAGUCUCUAGUAUCAUCCGAUAUGCCAUUUUUAAAAUUUGAGCAAUUUAUCACGAAAUGCCAUGCUGUUAAACACAAUGUACAUUAAUGUGUACUUUAGCACUUUUUUUCCCUUAUAAAUCUUAUAUUUACUGUGUAUUAGUCAAGACAUUUUUAUUUGUAAAGUGCUUUACACAAAUCGUUUCAAAGCAGCUUUACAGAAAAUCAUGCAUUAACGGAAAAUGAAACUAAUAUCUAUAAAG